ACCAUCGUCUGUUUUUGUUUGUGCUAGCGACUGUCACGGAGGGUACUCGACGUUCUCUACCGCCGAAAGACGAACAAACAAGGCAGAAUUGAAUCGGAAUCGAGCUCACGGUGAUCCACUAUGGGUGCCACUUCGAGCACCGAGGCUGAGAGGGAGCCGCUUCUUGCGUCGCCCCACGCAGCGGCGAGAGGUCCGCUGCCAGUCAGCAGCCGAGUGUACGGCCGAAGAUGGCUGGUGCUCAGCCUAUUCUCCCUGCUGGCCCUCAUGCAGGGAGUGGUGUGGAACUUUUGGGGGCCCAUCCAGAACUCCGCCGCCCACGCAUUUGGCUUCACCAAGUCCGACAUCGCCGUGCUGGUUCUGUGGGGUCCGGUGGGCUUCGUCCCGUGGCUGCUGUUCAUGUGGCUGAUGGAUAAAAGAGGUCUUCGGUCGUCCCUCCUGCUGUCGGCCUUCUUAAUGCUGCUGGGGGCGGUGCUACGCAGCAUCCCGCUGUCGGACCCGGCUCUCCGACGCUGGUUAAUCCACGGGGGUCAGCUCCUCAACGGUUUAGCCGGUCCCACCAUCAUGAGCGCCGGCCCCUUCCUGUCCACCACGUGGUUCGCCCCGGACCAGAGGGCCACCGCCACCGCCGUGGCCUCGCUCUUCUCCUACCUGGGCGGGGCGGCCGCUUUUUCUGCUUCCCUUCCAGAGUUGGCUGCCAUCGCCACGCUGUUUGUGGCCGUCCUCUUCUACUUCCCCUCGCGGCCGCCGCUUCCCCCCAGCGUGGCCGCCGCGAGCCAAAGGCUCAGCUACAGGAGCAGCAUCUGCAGACUCCUCAGUAACCUCCGCUUCCUGAUGAUAGCGCUGGCGUACGCCGUGCCCACUGGAGUCAUCGCCGGCUGGGCGGGCGUCCUUGACAUGAUCCUCACGCCGGCCAAUGUCAGCCAGGUGGAUGCGGGCUGGAUCGGGUUCUGGUCCACGGUGGGCGGCUGUGUUUUCGGGGUGGCCAUGGCCAGGUUUGCGGACUCCAUCCGUGGGAUGCUGAAACCGAUCCUGGUUCUGAUGCUGGCCGGGGCCUCGCUGUCGUCCACCUGGUUCACGCUCACCUGCCUCAGCAGGCUCACGCACCUCCCCUCCAGCGCGGCCAUCUUGUACACGUCGUGCAUCCUGGUGGGCAUCUUCAUCAACAGCAGCGUGCCCAUCUUCUUCGAGCUCUUCAUCGAGACGGUGUACCCGGUCCCCGAAGGCAUCACCUGCGGCGUGGUCACCUUCCUGGGCAACCUCGUCACCGGCCUGCUCCUCUUCUUCCUCACCUUUUACUGUACAGAGUUGUCGUGGCUGAACUGGUGUCUGACGGGCUCGUGCAUCUUCAGCCUGGUGCUCAUCCUGUUUUUCCGCGAGUCGUACGACCGCCUCUACCUGGACGUCUUUGUCUCGGUGUAACGGGACGGA